AUGGGAAGAACCAAAGGGGUUGGGGGGGGCCUCUGGGGGGGGAAACAAAAAGAUUUUGUUUCCCCCGGGGGAGGGCCCCUGCAGUUUUCAUGGCUCGUGAAAGGGGGCCCUUUAACGAAGUUUCCCGAUGGUGGGGGAAGUUGGCAAAGCCCUAAAUACGGUGUUCCUCACGAACCAGGGAAAACCCCGUGGCCCCCCGGGGAAACACACGUCUGGGACAGCGGCAACGCCUCCGGGGGUCUUGCAGGUGGGGUUUGGGGACCAUUGGGGGCCCCCGGGGAAAAUGUGAGAAACCCCGGUGUAUCAGAGCCGUUUUUUGGGGCAGGCCCCUUUGUCCUGGUCGGUUGCUUCGUGGGUUGGCAGAAGGGGGGCCCUGGGAGCGCAUCGUCCGCUUUUCCCGGGAGAGUGCCCCCCUCGGACCCCCCCGGGGAAAAUUUGUUUGUGUACCACAGGAAAAAGGAUGGGGCCCCAGGACUGACCCCCGGGGCCCCCACCAGAUGUCACUGGGGAGUAGAAAAAAGGUUGGGAGCGGGCAACGCUGAGGGAAAAAAGGGGGCCGGAGGGGGUGGAGUUAGGUGCGGAAAACACCCCGGAAAAAAACUGCCGGGCCCAAAAGGGAAAAGAGCAGCUUGA